AUGAUAGAAUCUAUGAAUGACACUUUCAUUACCAAUAACACAACAACGUCCAUGAGUGGUCCAUGUCAUCCACUAUUACUAAAUUUGGGAUCUCUCAGCAUGGAACCGUUCAAUGCAACCAUUUCGAAUGGACUCUGUCCCGAAACUGUAUUCAGUGUUUCCCUUUCAUCCUUUGAACUAUUCAUAUUUACCAUACUUGCUCCAUUAUCAGUAUUGGGUUUAAUUUGGAUGAGAAAAAGUCGUCAUUUACAAGCAAGAGGACUGUUUACCUUAAUUUGGACCACCCUUUCAUGUGCGUUUGGAAUUGUCUUUCCAACAUUGAGAUGGGCCAUCGGAAGAAAGAUUUUCCCUUGCGGCUUGUAUAUUCUCAUUAUAUUUAACAUUCCACAAGUAAUUUCAUUGCCAUGUAUUUGUAAAUGUUUAGCUCUGUAUGCGAAAUUUAAAUUGUAUCGAUUGUUGGAUGAAAAGAAACAACUUUCAAAUUGUGAAAUAAGCAGUGAUGUGGUGGACACUGUUUCAACAAACACAACCACAGCAGCUUUCCAAGUGGAUGUGACACAAAACAACAAGAUUCCACGUGCUCAAUCUCUGGACAUUGUUCAAACACCAAAAUCUCAAUGUGAUCACACACCAACUGUCACUUUUCAAUCUCCUUCGACAACAAGGAAUCCAAAGAUCCUACAGCGUUCAAUGAAUUGA